AUGAGAUCAAUGAUUACACUAUGAUAUCAUUUAUCCUAUUUUACUAUUUUAACUAUUUCUCACAUAUUGUAUCCACCUGCAGCACAUCUUGCACUAGCUAACCUUGUAUCAUCAUGUGCCACCUCACCUUGUACCACCUAUGAUAUAUCUGAACUAGAUCAUCUUGCAUCAACCUGCAGCACAUCUUGUAUGGCUUGAAAGCAUAUUUUGAUUUCUAUGAAACUAUGCCUGAAGAAGUACAUUAGCUAUCUGAAAAGUCAAAAUGGAAAUAAUGGCAUUUUUUAUGAGAAGUACAGAUUUGGCUUGGCAAAUAUUUUCAGUAGGUUCCCUUUGCUUACUCCCCCCCCCCUCCGUGAGCGAACAAAACCAUUAGAAAAAUCGCCAUUUUUUGACCAAAAACCCACCCUCCGUGAGUGAACAAAAUUUUUUUAUAGAAAAAAUUUUAAUGGAAAAAAAUUUUGAUAUAUAAGUGAUAAUUAG